UGCGCGGCGCUGAAGCUGCAGCUGCACUCGCUUCGCGUCGCGUCUUCUCCGAAAAGCUCGCGCCAUGGCUGCGGCUCUGUCCCGAUCGCUGAAAUUACCGGGUAAGAAGGGGUGUGAUCUGGGCGAGUAUGACCCGCUGACGCAGGCUGACAGUGAGGACGAGACGGAGGACGAUGACCUGGUGCUUAACUACCCCCGAAACGGCUUGCUGGAGCAGGGGGAGGAGCCUGAGCCACAGUGGAGAGCACAGGGGGCAGGGCCGGGGAGGGUGCAGGGCGGAGACUCUGAGCAGAAGGCGGGGCAUGUGCGAGGGGCAGGGCCUGUGCGGGGGGCGGGGCGGAGCGCUGCGUUCCUGCUGCCGCUGCUGAGUGCAGUUCUGCUGGUGCUGCUGUGUGCAUUUCUUAUCCCCUGCCCAGAGGGGGCGCCGCAGCUCACACACUGGCGCACAGCGCUGGGGGACGCCGCCGGCGUGACGUCGCCCCCUCUGGCCAUGUGGGAUGUGGACGGAGACGGACUGGAGGACGUCCUGAUCGCCGUCACCAGCAUCGCUAACGACAGUCAGCCAAUCAACUCGCAGAAUAAAGAGUUCAGCGUAUCGGCGGUGAGCGGGGCCGGUGGGCAGCUGCUGUGGUCCCGCACCCUCAGGGAGCCGCUGAUCUCGGUUCAGUGUGGGCUGCAGACAGGAAGUGCAGAUCCACUGCAGAGGACGUCCGCGCAGACACAUUCCGCCUGCAUCCUGAUCAGCUCCGGACACAUCAUCACCGUCAACGCCUCCACAGGCAGGACAUUGUGGACCGCAGCUGUUGGUGAUGUGGAGUCUCAUGCGGUCCUGCUGCCUGAUCUACAGGGAGACGCUUAUCCAGACCUGCUGAUCGCAACACUACCAGCAGACCAGGCCUCUGAUCUAUCUCUAGUGCUGCUCUCCGGACAGUCGGGCGCUCUGAUUGGACAGCCGGUGAACUUUAACCUCACAGCUCAGGGGAAGCUGAUUGGUCCACUGCUGCACGAGACAUCAAAGGGAGCCUACUACAUCCUGUUUGGCCUGGGUCUGGUGCAGGGCGUGUCUCUCAGCUACAUCUACACUCAGGCCACAGGCGGGGCGGCGGCAGCAGCGGCUCGGGUUCGACAGCAGGACUCCAGCUGGGAGAGUCUGAGGAGGAGCAACACAUCUGCACUACUGCACAUCAGCAGUGUGUCUGAGCAGGUGGAGUUCCUGCUCCCCCUGGUGGCGGGUCAGUGUGAUCAGCGCAGUGAUCUGGAAGGGGUGUGUGAGCUGAACCGCAGCCGCAGCGAGUGGAUCGUGUUGUGUGGAGCGCACAGGCUGUCUGUGCUGAGAGCGAGCGACACACACACUGCGUGGAGCCUCAGCCUCGCCAACAUACACACUCGUCCAGCACUGGGUCACUUUAAUGAUGACGGUAUUCCUGAUCUCCUCAUUCAUCAGUCGACCAAUGGCAUCAGGAAGGUGCAGAUCAUUGAUGGUGCUCGGGGGCGGAGCCUGUGGGAGGCGGAGUUUGUGUGUCCUCGUCUGGCGGUGGAGGAUUCGUCAGUUCUGACCACCUCUGGCCAAUCAGUGUUCCUGUUCUGGGCUGGAGAUCCGCUUACGCACACGCUUAACGCCAGCAAGGCGGCCGUGGCGGAGCCGGUGCUCAGGAAACUCUUCCUGUUUCACCCCUUCUAUCCCACAAUCCUCCUGCAGCUCAGCAACACCACAGACACCGUCCUCUCCGCCACAGUGGGCUACGCGCCGCAGCAGAAGGACGCCUCCUACACGUGUGUGUCGUCUGUGCCCGUGUCUGGCCAUCAGCCGGCGCUGCAGAUGCUGAAGAGUGUGAGUCUGAAGGCGGCCAUCGCAGACGCACAGAUCCUGCAGCUCAGCAACAGCAGCGCGUACACACACACACACAGCGCUUUCCACAUCAACCAGUUCUUCAGACGCCUGUCCUUCACACAGUGAUGGUGUUUGGACAUGUUCAUCAUUCCUGCUCUGCAUUCCUCUCUGCGUGAGUGUGUGCGUGUGUGUGUGUGAGUUUCAGCAGAUGUGUAGAUAUGCUUCAUCUGUUUACCACACUUUAACAUGUGUAUAAUCUUCAGUCACUGGAUUAACACUGACGGCUACUCUUCAUAAAUAUGAUUAUUAUUAUUACUGUUGUCCUGAUGAUGAUGGUGGUGUGUGGCUCGCGUUGUGUCUGUGUGACUAUCUCGCUCUGGUCAGUGAAGUGAGUUGGUUUGGUUUGCACAUUGAGUUUGUUUAUAUUCCUGACUCUCUCUGUACAGUAUUUAUAAUGGAGAUGUACAUAGUGAUGAUGAUGAUGAUGAUGAUGAACUACACAAUAAAAUAAAAGCAUUCCCCCUGA